GACUACGUAUGAUCUCUCUCUCGCUCUCUCUCUCUCUCUCUCUCUCUCUGUGCAAUUGAGAUCGACGUGGUUCGUCUCUUCUGAGUUCUGAUUUUGUAAUCGUGUCUUCCUCCGUCGGACUGCGGUGUCGCUCUUGACUCAAUAUUGCUUGUGUUGUGCUGGCCUUCUUGUUACUUUCUCGGCAUUCUACGGCAUCAUCUGUCAUUGAAUAAACAUGGAUGGAAGAGACGGGCGUGAUAACGAGUCCACAGACAAAGGGCUUUUCUCGAGCCUUGCUGGGUACGCCGUGGGGCAACACAUGCACCACGGGUCGUAUCCUCAGCAUGGAUAUCCUCAGCAUGGAUAUCCUCCGCAGGGUUAUCCUCCUCAGGGGUAUCCCCCACAGGGGUAUCCACCAGCUGGGUAUCCUCCGCCGGGUGGAUACCCUCCUGCCGGUUACCCUCCUCCGCCUGCAGGUUAUCCACCAGCUUAUCCACCACAUGGGGGAUAUCCACCGGCUGCUUAUCCCGGUCCUUCAGCUCCAUAUCAUUCAGGGCAUGGGCCUGGUAUGGGAGGAAUGGUAGCUGGGGGCCUCGCUGCUGCCGCCGCCGUUUACGGGGCACACCAACUGUCUCAUGGUGCUCAUCAUCUCGGACACGGGGCUUUCCACGGCCAUGGUCAUGGAAAGUUCAAGCAUGGAAAGUUCAAGCACGGGAAGUUUGGAAAACGCUGGAAACACGGCAUGUUUGGAAAGCACAAGGGCAAGUUCUUCAAACGAUGGAAGUGAUUUUGACUUCAUCAUCACAUCUGUCCUGCUGGGGGGGGGACCAUUGUCGGCUUUGGACUGUUACUCGUAUGACCGACUGGUUCUAUCAAGUUUGAUUCGUGUUGUAUAGGUGGAAUACGUUAAGUACUGAAAAUGCUUCCUGUGCUGUGUAUUUAUGAUUGGUUGUUCUCUUGAAGAUAUUGAGUCCAGUCUUUUAACAAUGUCAAUUUGCUGACUGAUUUGAUCAGCUUUUUGUAUGAUGAAGUUUAAGAGCUUUGUUCUGCAUACUGAAAACAAUUGAAGAUGCUUUGGCUGACU